UUGUGUGUAAGUUCUGAGAAAGAUGGUCCAUAUUUUGCAGGUGAUCUCAAGUUGCAGUUGCCUUAUUGCACCAAAAGAAAAUGCAACAAGUUUGAUGAUUGCAGUAUUACACAAUACUGCCACCCAACAAAGAAAACCUGUUGCUACCUUGGUAUCACGAAGUUAGAUGGGAAGAAACAAGAGAAUUCCUCAGUAUGCCAAGGAGCAUGCCCUGAUAGAGAAAUUUUCGGCAAAAAAGUCCCUCAAUAUUGUGUCGUACAAUCAGCGGAUAAGAGUGGAGGAAUGUGUUACGUCUCUCCCUAUGUUGUUGUGGAAGACAAAAAACGUGAGGUAAACAAGACGUACAAGACGAUUAUGAUCAUUUCAAUCAUACUGUUCUUGGUAUUUGCCUUCUUGGCUCUUAUCAUGUUUGUCAACUAUCGUUCGAAGAACUUUUGCGACAAGUACACACCAAAGAGGAAGAAGAAGGGUAAGAAGGGAAAAGGAAAAGGAAGUAAAUCGUCCAGAUCUGGAACAACAGGAGGAGAUAAGAGUGAAGUAUCUGGUACUGGCGGUACUAGUGGUACCAAGGAUGCAACCGGAACAAGUGGUACUGGUGCUAGUACAGGUGCCAGCACUGGUGGUGGUACAGGAGCAAGCACUGGAGGUGAUGGGACUAGCGGUACUGGAGCAUAA